CGUGUAUAAUUUAGUAACUGCUAGUUUGUACAGACAUUUUCAUACUUGCGUCCUUCAUGUCCUUCAACAUUUUUCUGAAAUUCCGUAUUUGGCCUUUGAUUUUUGCUUUUCACGAGACUCGACUGCAAGUCUCACUCUCACUUUUGUUUUGAUUUCACGGGAAUUUGCCCGGGAAUUUGUCGUGUCGUUUGUAGACAGGAGAGGUCGUUUUUCAAGAUGGCUGCCUCCAUGUUCAGACAGAGCCUUAAACUCUCGCGGAUAAUGCGCUCCAACACGCCUCUUUUAUGGCGAUACUCUCCCACCUUGAAACCUCAGAACACUCAGCUGGUGAUAUCAAGAACUAUAACUGAAAAACAAAUGAUUGAAAAUCGGAAAAUUUUCUUCAAAAGGAUUGCACAGUUUGUUGGAUUGGGUGUGUUUUUGUACAUGAUUUCGCCAUGGGCAAGGCAACUGAAAGGAGCAAAGUUUGAAUCAAGGCGGGACAAGAAAAGACGGCGCCUAACUGAACAACGUGAACUUGAAAACCGGGAUAUAUCCACAGAAGAACUUUCAUUAGAAUAUCAGGAAUCACCUCGGUCAAGAGGAAUUUUGCCUGUCGUCAAAGCGGCAGACGUGACAGAUUUUGGAACAGGUUACGUGAAGCCAAGAUCUCAACAGUUCAAUUUCAUCGCAGACGCUGUCGCUAAAGCUUCACCAUCAGUCGUAUUUAUUGAGAUUCAUGGAAGGCAUCCAUUCCAGCGAGGUGUAGUUGGGCCAGUCUCUAAUGGAUCAGGGUUCAUUGUCAGUCCGGAUGGUCUUAUCUUGACCAAUGCCCAUGUGGUCGCCAAUAAGAGACUAGGCAAGCAAUCUGUAAAGGUCAAGCUCUAUGAUGGUCGGCUAGUAGACGGCGAGGUCAUUGCUGUUGACCCUGUGUCAGACCUUGCUCUGCUUAAAAUAGAUACAAAGGAUAAGCUUCCAGUGAUGCGGAUGGGGAACUCAUCCGCUGCUCGACCAGGGGAAUGGGUUAUCGCCAUGGGGAGUCCUCUGUCGCUCAGCAACACGAUAACAGCUGGUAUCAUCAGUACCGUUAGCCGGACAAGCAAGGAGCUAGGUUUGAACAAAAGCAUUGACUACAUCCAGACUGAUGCUGCCAUAAAUUUUGGAAAUUCUGGAGGACCUUUGGUGAACCUCGAUGGUGAAGCCAUUGGUAUCAACACCAUGAAAGUCACUUCUGGAAUUUCCUUUGCCAUCCCAAUAGACCAUGCCAGGGACUUUGUAGACAAGGUGCAGAAGCAGAUAAAAGCAUCUGGUGGUGGCUGGUUCAGCAAAUCCAAGCCACAAACUCCUGUGGUGACCACACCGUCCAAAGGAAAGCAAGGGUACAUUGGCAUCACAAUGCUUUCUCUGACCCCAAGCCUCAUCUUUGACCUCCGACAGAGGGCGCCAGACUUUCCCAAUGUCAGCCAUGGUGUGCUUAUCUACAGGAUUACCAUUGGGUCUCCAGCGCAAGUUGCUGGAUUAAAAGCAGGUGACAUCAUCACCCACAUCAACGACCAGCCAGUCAAGUCUUCUCAGGAACUCUAUGAUAAGGUCAAGGCCAAGGAAGGUCUUAAUGUGACUGCGGUCAGGGGCAGAGAGACCAUGAAACUGACCAUCACGCCUGAAGAAUCCCAGUGAUAGAACAUGUUGGAUGCAAGAGGUCAUUUAAAACCAGAAACUCAUAUCUGAUGAAUUGCACUGCACGCUUGCUGCGUGUUGUUCAACGGACACUUUAUAAUUUAAUUAACAAUUGAGAAAA